AUGACUAGGAAACAUUAUGUUAGUUUAUGCAAACAAGUGAAACAAACAGUUCGACAAGACAAAGAAGAAUGGUUGCUUAAACAAGAAUCUGAUUUAGAAUAUGACUUGAAACACCACAAUCUUUAUGAAUUUUUCAGAAAGCUCAAAAACUUUGAUCACGUACCCAUUCAACCUGCCUCAGUAACUUUAAAUGAGCAUGGUCAGAAACUACUUUGUACUGACGAUCAAUUAGAUCGUUGGAAGAGACACUUUGCCUCGGUAUUAAAUGUUAGACGUCCUAUUGCAAUAGACUCUGGAAUGGUUGUACGCUCUGUUGGGUCUGGUGCUACACUCAGUGAAGAAGAAAUCACCAAUGCUAUUAAAAAGUUAAAAAAUAAUAGAGCAUCUGGUAAUGAUGGAAUAACAGCUGAAUUACUGAAAGCUGGCUCGCAGCGUUUUGAUUGGCUACGAGCUUCUUCAACAAGUUUGGCUUCAGGAAGAGUGUCACAGGAUUGGAAAGAUUCAGUUCUUGUCCCUGUUUUCAAGAAAAAUGACAGACUAAUAUGCGACAACUAUCGUGGUAUUUCAUUACUCAGUGUACCUGGAAAGGUAUUAGCAAAUAUUCUUCUGGAACGACUUAAACAGUCAGUUGAACCUCUACUACUAGAAGCCCAAUGUGGUUUUCGUCCAGGUAGAGGAGCGAUUGAUCAAAUAUGUGGUGAGAAGUCAUCAAAAUUUGAAGUUACAACUGGUGUACGUCAGGGUUGUACUAUGUCUCCUGUAUUAUUUAAUCUCGUCAUGGACAAGAUUGUAUGUGAAGCACUAGACAAAGCUAAAGUUGGCGGAGUAGAAAUUGAAUACAGGAAAGAGGGGAGUCUCUAA